UAACGUUUGUGACAAUACUUUUCCGAAAUAAUGCGUUGCGAAUGACAAUAUAACAACGUGCGAAACUCGUGGUGUGUAUUUUAUGUACUUUUUUUUUGUAUACGUUUUACGCGUAAACCUUGGUGUAAAUAACGAAUCGGGGAUGAGAAGAAUAAUAAUAGCUGUGGAAGAAGGGUCUCUCCGCUCAUUCGCCGAAUGGUUAAUCACAAUGGCGACACCCUUGGCAACUGUCGAACGUGAAAUAUAGGUUAUUAAGAGUAUAGUCCUUUCGAAGGUAUUAUUUAUUUGAAUAAACUAUUAUUGUCUCAAUCGCAAUAGUAUGUCGUAUAUAAUUCUGGCCAUAUAACACACGUAUACGACGACGACUACGACGACGACGACGACGACGACGACAAGGACUACAAUUUUUGCUGUAUGAAAGGAGCGAUUUUCUUUCGAAAAUUCUUAUAAUGGCUGGUAAUUUAGCUAACGACACAGACCUCGUACAAGAAAUUAAAACACUGCUAUGGGGUCCUUCUGUCAAAUACGACGUCUUCAAACAGUGGUCUCAAGGAUUUUUUUUUAGCAAUGACGAGCCGACAGCUCUGGUCCAAGCGGAGGGAGGUCCGUGUGCAGUGAUAGCACCAGUUCAAGCUUUUAUACUGAAAGAAUUACUACUAGAAAGCGAUAUCAGUAGUUGGAAAGAGGUCGGAACCGAACAGUGUAACUUCUUGCUGGUAAAGGCAAUGACGGAAAUAGUAGCACGUGCCGCGGACAGCCUGCAACCUAGAUACUGUAUAGUUCGAACAAUGGGACCGCAGGGGUACGGCACGACAUCUAUGAAUUGUGAAAACAUUUCGAACAAGGUACCAGACCUGAAAUCUCCUGAGGAAAAUAAGAAGAAUGACCAACACUACCACGAGACAACAAACUCAAUGGAAAAUAGACUGGAGCUAGAACCCGACAUUUUUCAUUCGCAAUUGAGGAUAUUCACGAUUGAUAAUAUGGAUGAGUUGAAAAAAUACUUCACUGACCAAAUUGAUAUGAUGAAAAAUCAGUUUGGCAUUUUAUUAUUCCUAUACACGGUAGUUUGUACGAAAGGUCUUGCAGGAAUGCAAUCAGAAAUGUCUGACCCCAUGGAGCCACUCAUAGACUCGACUUACGGCUACGGCAGUCAAAGUUUGAUCAACUUAAUGCUUACUGGACGCGCGGUCAGCCACGUAUGGGACCACGAUCAAGAUGUUGGAGGGCUUAAACUUCAAGGUAUAGACAAGCAGAACUCGGUUGGUUUUUUAGCCUUUUUAGAGCACCUGAGAUAUUGCGAAGUUGGAACAUUUCUAAAGGCCCCUUCGCAUCCGAUCUGGGUUCUUGGUUCUGAUACACAUCUAACUGUACUAUUUUCCUCUGAAAGAAGGCUGGUGAGUCCUGAAACACCUGCGGAUCAGGCUCGGAGGGUAUUCAAGAAGUUUGACCCCGAAGGAAAUAAUUUUAUAUCAUCCAAUCUGUUGCAAGAUGUCCUUGCCGAACUCGAUCUCGUAGCUGACACAGAGUAUGUUGAGAUAAUGAGGAAAAAAUUGGACAGCGAAUCUCUAGGAAUUAUUCUGCUAGCAGCUUUCAUGGAUGAGUUUUUUCCCGAAGAUCCUCGUACUUGUCCUGACACAUUUGUGUUGUUCCACUACAACGGUUUGCCACGAAGCAACCUAGAAAACAAAGUCACAUAUCGGAGAGGACAAGCUGUGCUGCUAGAAUGUACAGUCAAAUGUAUUUUAGAUAGCAAUCCGAUGUUGACGGUAUUGCAAACUAAAUGGCCGAGCAUCGAGGUACAGUGGGACAAAGAACAGACACCCAGUGUCAACUAGAAGAACAAAUUUUUUUUUUUGUUUUAUACGAAACUGUAGAGACUGCAUACUCUCUACGACUGAGUCUAGACUGUGUACAAAAAAAAAGGUAAAAAGAAAAUAAUAAAUCAGAGCACCGUAGGCAUUGAGGUAGAGAAAUGUUAAAAAAAAAAUACGACCAGUUACGUGAUUCUAAAUUUAUAAUAAUAAAACUACCUUAAGUAAUAUCUAAGGUACCAAUUGUCUAGGGUCGUGACGGUUUUAUUUAUAUGUAUAAAAAACAAUGAUAUUAAAUUAAUGAAAAACAGCACAUUCCGGAAGCAACCUUGACUUUUUGAGUUAGAACGAACAGCGGGAUUGUACAUAGCUCUGGUCAUAUCUAGUAAUUUUCUUUAAUUUGCUAAGAGAUGUUUCAAAGAUUCAAAAAAUUUGAGGGCCAUAAGUUCAUAACGAUUAUUGUGAAAAUACUUCUGCUGCAAAAGUUAAAACCAGUAAUAGUAAUAAUGAUAAUAAUAACGAUACUGAAGUGCUGAAGGCUUUUUGGAUUCCGAUAAAGACAAAAGUUAAGACAUUAUUUUGCUAAGAUGAAAGGAUUAUUUUUUUGCAUAUAAACAUCGAGAUAACAGAAAAAAUUGCACUGGUGUAAAGCCAAUUGAAGGUUGCCGUUCAAUCUCAUGCACACGAAUUCGACUAAUAUAAUGAAGAAAUCUCAACAGAAUUAAAACAGUAAUUGUCUAAAUUAAAAGCUGAUUCCCCCUUCGCCAGUUACGUUUUGGGUUACGCUGACUGUGGUAUUCUUGAUUUGCCUUGUUAAUUUGGAAAGUCAGUAGCACAAUGUAAAAUCAACAAUAAUGACAACAAUAAAUUCGUUGCUUUACGCAAAUGCUCUGAAGACUGAGUAUAAUAUAGAAAUCAAUGUUUAGAGUAUAACUACCACGUUACGUUUGUAAUAAGGUGGCGUACCAAAAGAGAAAGAAGUGUCUUUGAGGAAAAAUAUAGUAAUGAUAACAUUAAAUAAAAAGAAAAACAAAGUUAUACUGAUAACAAUUAUAAACGAAAUUAAAUAAUAAUAAUAAUAACUGAUGUAAAGAGAAUGUUUUCAAACAUUAGGUAUAGAUAAUGUUUCUGAAUGAAUAUGUAUACAGGAACAAGGUAGCGUAUACUAGAAUCUUCUUAAUAUAUUCAGUCAAGAGAGUGAAAGAGAAAUAUAGUGAUUCGUCUCAUUGUAUAAGUUGAAAGUUUUUUUUUUUUUUCUGCACAGUUUAGACAACUAGCAACAAAUGUAUUUAAGCUGACCAUCAUAGUGUACAUGAGUACAUGGGAUUAAUAGUUAAUUAUUUAUGACGCUCUUCUAAAAUUGUUGAAAAAAAAAAAAAUGAAAACUAAUAAUGAAAUAAAGAAUAGUAACACCUCU